AAUACAGUACAGACACAAAAUGGGAGACAUUGACAAGGACACUCACAUCACUGUCGAAGUUGGUCUCAAUCACGAAGAAUUGAAUUUCUGUGUCGACAACGCGACGAACGUCCAGAAUAUCUCUCAAUUGUUGCGAUACAGUAAUUAUCUGUUUAACUCUCAGUCCUAUACUGCGAGCACAGGCAGCGAAGCCGGCGGUCCUGUCUAUAAGGGAACGAGAGCUCGAACUAAAUUCUCGUUGAGUUUGAAUAUGUAUUGCGAAGAGAUUGUCGACUGGACUCAAAAGGCCGACGAAGAUGAACGACGGCAACAGUUGACGAAAAGUCGGUCCUCGACUACUGAAUCAGUGGACGACACACCCCGUCGUCGCACUCGUCGGGCGCUGUCUUGUAUUUCAUAAAAAAUUUAGCAAUUAAUCCAUUCAUAAAUUAUAUGAUAAAAACCAAGAUUUUAGAGUAUUUUAUGUUUGGUUUUUAGCUUUAAUUAUAAAUAUUAAUUUAGUCACUAAUUACUCGCAAAAUAUUUUGUCAGAUGUACCCGGUAC